GCGGAGUGGCAGCCUCGGCUCAGCCAGUGGCAGCGCAGUUAGUACAUAACUAAUAGUGAGAAAGGAAGCCGGGGAGUGACAAGGAAGAGAAGCAACCGACCUCAUUAACAAGAGCUCAGUUUUGUCCCUGCGGACCCAACCGGCAGAAGGGACUGCGGGGCUGUGGCUCUCUGCCAGGGAGGUUGGGCUCCCUGCAAACAGUUGCAGGCAUCCUCAUCAUGACCGGCUCAGAGAGAGUCCUGAGGCUUGGCAACUGGGAAGUUUUCAGAGCCGCCGCCACAGCCGCCUCUGAGGAGACCAGCAAAGAUAGUGAAGAUUAGGAAAGCACUUGGGAGGCACAUUCAUCUUGCCAGCGUUGUCAGGAGUGAUCAGCGAGUUUUAUUAAAAGCCCUGAGAUUGCAUGAAAGGCCUCCUUGUCUGCGUUUGCAAUGAAAGGCAUGUUAAGAUCUGGGGGCACAUUGUCGGGACCCCACGCCCUGCCCCUUGGACCAUGAGCUGACACUCCUGGAAGAAGCACAGAAACCCUCCUUUGUCGAAGGGAUUUCACUGGUGGACGGAACCGAGUUGGCCCGUCGGCAUGAGCUCUCUGAGUUGGGCUGUGCUGAGAGCCCUGCUGCUGCUGCUCCUCUUGGGCUGGGCCAGCCCCACCUUCAUCAGCGUGAACCGUGGGAUCCGGGUGAUGAAGGGCAGCUCUGCCUUCCUGUCAGGAGAUGACCUGAAGUUUGCCAUCCCCAAAGAGAAAGAUGCUUGCAAAGUGGAAGUUGUGAUGAAUGAGCCAAUAACCCAGAGGGUUGGGAAACUCACUCCACAGGUCUUUGACUGCCAUUUCCUUCCCAAUGAAGUGAAGUAUAUUCACAACGGCUGCCCGAUUCUUGAUGAAGACACGGUGAAGCUUAGACUUUAUAGGUUUACGGAGACAGACACCUUCAUAGAAACCUUUAUCCUGCGGGUCCACCUCCUGGAACCAGACUGUAACAUCAUCCGUAUGAGUAAAAAUGCACUGGAGGUGUCUGAGUUCUACGGCCUGUCCCGAGCCAUCGAUAAGAACCUGCUUAGCUUUGAUUAUGACAGGACGGCUAGCCUGGAGUGCACGGUCAGGCUGCACCCUGUGGGCACUCGGCUGCCAGCCCACGGCCAGGUGGUUGUGGUGGAGCCUCGGCUGGAAGAACCUCGUGGAGACCAGCCACACGGUUUUUUCCCUGAGUCUCAACUGGGGACAGAGCUCAAGUGUCCGGGUGGAAGCUGUCCCCUGGGACUGAGGAAGAUAGGAAGCCUCCAAGUGAGCUGUGAGGAGUUCCUGCUGAUGGGGCUUCGGUAUCAACAUAAGGAUCCUCCUUCUCCCGACAUGGAUUAUAUAUCCAUCCGACUGGAGCUCACAGAUAGCAGGAGUAGGAUGGUAUACAAGUCAGAGAGUGUGUGGUUGCCCGUCCAUAUCAGAGCUGGCAUUCCUAAUCAGAUUCCAAGGGCUGCGUUCAUGGCCAUGUUUACUCUGGAAGUGGAUCAGUUCAUCCUGACCUCGCUGACUACAUCAGUUCUGGACUGCGAAGAGGAUGAGACCCCCAAACCCUUGCUGGUGUUUAAUGUCACUAAAGCCCCGCUCCAGGGCUAUGUGACUCACCUGUGGGAUCACACCAGACCGAUCUCCUCGUUCACCUGGAAAGAUCUCAGUGACAUGCAGAUUGCCUAUCAGCCACCAAACAGCAGCCAUUCGGAAAGGAGAUAUUAUGAGGUGGAGUUGGAGGUUUACGACUUCUUCUUUGAAAGGAGCGCACCAAUUACCGUCCUCAUCUCCGUCAGAACAUCAGACACAAAUGCCCCACGAGUGUCCUGGAACACAGGUCUGAACCUCCUGGAGGGGCAGUCUCGGGCCAUCACCUGGGAGCAGUUUCAGAUCGUUGACAACGAUGACAUAGGUGCUGUGCAACUGGUCACCGUGGAUGGCCUGCAGCAUGGACGGCUCACAGUAAGAGGGGGGAAAGGAUUUCUCUUCACUGUGGCUGACCUGCAGGCUGGAGUUGUUCGCUAUCAUCACGAUGACAGUGACUCCACCAAAGACUUCGUGGUCUUCAGGAUCUUCGAUGGUCAGCACAGCAUCCGUCAUAAGUUUCCCAUUAACAUUUUGCCCAAAGAUGACAGUCCCCCGUUCCUCAUAAAUAAUGUUGUUAUUGAACUGGAGGAGGGACAGACCAUACUAAUCCAGGGUUCCAUGCUGAGAGCUUCCGACAUGGACUCCAGUGAUGACUACAUCUUCUUUAAUAUCACUAAACCUCCUCAGGCUGGAGAGAUCAUGAAGCAGCCAGGGCCAGGACUCAUAGGCUAUCCUGUCCCUGGCUUCCUUCAGAGGGAUCUAUUCAGUGGCAUCAUUUACUAUCGUCACUUCGGUGGAGAAAUCUUUGAAGAUUCUUUCACAUUUGUCCUUUGGGACAGUCAUGAGCCUCCAAACCUCUCAGUACCACAGGUCGUGACCAUUCAUAUCACUCCAGUGGAUGACCAGCUUCCCAAAGAAGCUCCUGGAGUUUCGCGGCAUUUGAUUGUCAAGGAAACUGAGGUGGCCUACAUCACAAAGAAACAUCUACAUUUUAUAGAUGUGGAAUCGUAUGACCGAGAGCUGCUCUAUACAGUAACAACUCCUCCUUUUUUCCCUUUCAGUCACAGACACUUGGAAGCUGGGAAAUUAUUCAUGGUGGAUAGCAUACCAAAGCUAGCCAAAAAUCCCGCAGCCCCAGGCUUGAAGUCAUUCACUCAGGAUGCUGUGAACUACAUGAAAGUGGCCUACAUGCCACCUCUGCAUGAUAUAGGUCCCCAUCCACAACAUGUCCAGUUCACACUUUCCAUCAGUAACCAACAUGGUGGCACUUUGCACGGGAUCUGCUUUAACAUCACAGUUCUCCCAGUGGACAACCAGGUUCCUGAGGUACUAACCAACCCUCUGAGAGUGGCUGAGGGAGGUCACUGUGUUGUCAGCACAGAGCACGUUCUGAUUUCUGAUGUGGAUACCAAACUGGACAAUAUCUACCUCUCCCUGCAGAGGCUGCCUCAACGUGGAAGGGUGGAGCUGGAUGGGUUUCCUCUAAACACAGGGGCCACAUUUUCUUGGGGAGACCUCCAUGCCUUAAAAGUUAGGUAUCAGCAUGAUGGAUCUGAGAUAUUUCAGGAUGACAUACUCUUGGAGGUCACAGAUGGCACCAACUCAGGAGAAUUUGUUCUUCAUAUUGAGGUAUUUCCUGUAAAUGAUGAGCCACCAAUCCUAAAGCCUGACCUCAACCCCAAUAUACAUUGCUCAGAGGGUGAUGAGGUGGUCAUCACCUCUGAAUACAUUUUUGCUACUGAUGCGGACAGUGAUGACUUGAAACUGAUGUUUAUAAUCUCUCAGGAACCUCAGCAUGGGGUGGUGAGGAAAGCUGGAGUCACAGUGGAUCAGUUCUCUCAGGGAGACGUUGUCUCAGGGGCUGUGACGUACAAACACACAGGUGGUGAGAUUGGCCUGGUGCCUUGUUAUGACACCAUCACAUUAGUGGUUUCAGAUGAAGAAGCUGGCCCUUUGGUGAAGGGCUGUUGCUACAAUGGACCUCAUCCAUCUGUUCCUCUUCAUGAGUCCUUUCCAGUGUAUGAUCUCAACAUCACAGUACAUCCAGUGGACAACCAACCACCUUCAAUUGCAAUAGGUACCAUGUUCGUGGUAGAUGAGGGUUUCUCAGCAGCUCUCACCAUUAACCAUUUGUCAGCUACUGACCCUGACACGGCAGCAGAUGACUUGGAAUUUGUUUUGAUUUCUCCUCCCCAGUUUGGCUACCUAGAAAAUACACUACCUUCUUUGGGUUUUGAGAAAAGCAAUAUGGGCAUAAGAAUAGCUUCAUUUCAGUGGAAAGACAUGAAGGCUUUGCAUAUUAACUAUGUGCAGUCCAUGCACCUGAGGAUGGAGCCAACGGCUGACCAGUUCAUGGUGUAUGUCACAGAUGGGAGACGCCGCUCCUUGGAGAUACCAUUUUACAUUACAGUCAACCCCACAAAUGAUGAAGCUCCUGACUUUGUGGUACAGAAUAUUACUGUGUGUGAAGGGCAGAUGAAAGAGCUGGAUGCUUCCAUCAUCAACGCUGCUGACCUGGAUGUUCCCAGGGACCCCUUGCUGUUCAGCAUCACUCAGAAACCACGUCAUGGCCUCCUGAUCAGCGGGGCAUUUAGCAAAGACUUUCCUCAGUAUAAUCAUCCUGCCAGCCCUGGCCAGAAGCAUGAAAUUGUUUCCAACUUUUCCAUGGAACUUCUCAAGAAUGGAAUGAAGCUGAUGUAUGUGCAUGAUGACUCAGAGAACCUUGCUGAUGACUUCACAAUCCAGUUGUCAGAUGGGAAACAUAAGACACUUAGGACCAUUUCAGUAGAGGUCACCCCAGUCAAUGACGCGAAACCAAUGCUGACCAAGAAGGCCGAAAUCACAAUGAGCAUGGGCGAAACACGUAUUAUUUCUAGCGCUGUUCUUUCAGCCACAGAUGAAGACUCACCCAGGCAGAAGAUUUACUAUUUAUUUGAAAGGCUUCCCCAAAAUGGGCAGCUUCAGCUUAAGACAGGGAGGGACUGGGUCCCGCUCUACCCUGGCAUGAAAUGCACUCAGGAGGAAGUGGACCUGAACCUGCUGAGAUACACUCACACCGCAGCCACGGAUUCCCCAAACCAAGACAGUUUCACCUUCCACCUCUGGGAUGGCGACAACAGGUCACCUGCAUUUGACUGUCAGAUCACUAUCAAGGAUGCGGGCAAAGGUGAUAUUGUCAUCCUUGCAAAGCCGCUUGUGGUGCCCAAAGGCGGCAGAGGUUUUUUGACGACCACCACUCUCCUCGCUGUGGACGGAACAGACAAGCCUGAGGAACUGCUCUUUGUCAUCACCUCCCCACCGCAGUACGGCCAAGUGGAGUAUGCCCACCAUCCUGGAGUCCCCGUUACAAGCUUCAGCCAAAUGGACCUAGCAGGGCAGACAGUCUGCUAUGCACACAAGAGGAAGGCACCUGUCCCCAGGGACACAUUCAGAUUCAUUGUCAGCAACGGACUGCAGACCAAGCACGGGGUGUUUGAGAUCCUGCUAGAAACUGUGGACAGAGCCUUACCCGUGGUGACCAGGAACAAGGGGUUGAGACUGGCCGAAGGGGCCACGGGCCUGCUUUCCCCUGACCUGCUGCAGCUGACCGACCCUGACACUGCCGCGGAGAACCUCACCUUCCUUCUGGCCCAGCUCCCACAGCGUGGCCAGCUCUACCUGCGGGGGGCAGUGCUGCUCCGACACAACUUCACGCAGCGGGACGUAGACAGCAGGAGUGUGGCCUACAGGCACUCGGGAGGGGACUCCCAGGCCGACUGCUUUACUUUUGUGGCCACAGACGGGUCGAACCAAGGCUUCGUUGUGGAUGGGAGAGUGUGGCAAGAACCCGUUUCAUUCACCAUCCAGGUGGACCAACUGGACCAAACAGCACCCCAUAUCACACACUUGCAUCCCCCUUCCCAAGUGGGACUCCUGAAAAAUGGCUGCUAUGGGAUUUACAUCACCUCCCGGGUGCUGAAAGCAUCGGACCCUGACACCGAGGAUGAUCAGAUUAUCUUCAAGAUUUUGCGUGGCCCCCAGCACGGACACCUGGAGAACACGACAACAGGUGAAUUUAUCCAGGAGAAAUUUAGCCAAAAGGACUUACACAGUAAGACCAUUCUUUACGUCAUAAACCCAUCUUUGGAAUUUAAUGCAGAUAACGUGGAAUUUCAAAUCAUGGACCCCACAGGGAACUCUGCCACUCCUGAAAUUCUGGAACUGAAGUGGUCUCAUAUUGAGUGGUCGCAGACUGAAUAUGAGGUCUGUGAGAACGUGGGCACGUUGCCCUUGGAAAUCACCAGGAGGGGCUACUCCAUGGACUCGGCCUUUGUGAGUGUAAAGGUCAACCAACUGUCAGCUACAAUUGGAAAAGAUUUUACCAUGACUCCAUCUAAACUGAUUCAGUUUGACCCAGGAAUGUCAACUAAGAUGUGGAAUAUAGCAAUUACCUAUGACGGAUUAGAGGAGGAUGAUGAGGCCUUUGAAGUAAUUCUGAACUCCCCGGUGAACGCAGUUCUUGGCACAAAGACAAAAGCUGCAGUGAAAAUUUUGGACUCAAAAGGAGGACAGUGCCGUCGUCCACAUUCCUUCAACCCCAGCAAGCACAGAGCUCGGAAGAAGGGCAUUUGGCACCCGCUGUCCCUAGGGUCUUCCUUCCCCACCAUUUCUGGUUCCUUUCGUCUGGAAAGAAGACCUGUUCCAUCUUCCAAGAGGCCUUCAGUCACCAGGGCAGACACCCCACGGGGUCUUGAUUCUACAGAUCUUUAUGGAAUGAAGCUUAGGACCCGAGGGAAUGGCAAAACAGUUUAUCCAUCCUCUGUUUAUAGAAAUGGAGCAGACAUCAUCUAUAAAUAUCACGGAAUGGUUUCCCUGCAACUGGAGGAUGACAGGUCCCCAGUGCACAGAAGGAGGACCAAAGCGUCCCUCACGAGUCAGCCACAGAUGGCAAUCAAAGGGGUAGCACUGCCUCAGGCAGAUAAGGUGGAAUCCACAACCAACUCACACUUCCCCAGACAGAGCCAUGUGUCCUCAUUUCCAAAGAACUGCACCCUGGAACUGAAGGGACUCUUCCAUUUCGAAGAAAGCCUCCAAAAGCUGUAUAAGUGUGAUGGGGUGGCCUGGACAGCUUGGAGCCCCCAAACCAAGGAGGCGGAAGACAAGUCCUGUCCGGCCGGGUGGCACCGUCACUCUGGCUACUGCCACUCCUUGAUCACAGAACAGAAAGGCACAUGGGACACAGCUGCCAGAGCUUGCAGGGAACAGCACCUGGGCAGUCUAGUGACGGUGCUGUCCAGGCAGCACAUGCGGUGGCUCUGGGACUUCAGUGGAAGCAAGCCCUUCUGGAUAGGUUUGAAUGACAAAAUGCAUGCCGGCCACUGGGAGUGGAUCGGCGGUGAAACUGUCACCUUCACCAGCUGGAAGAGAGGGCCUGUUCAACGUCCAAAGCCUGGCAAGAACUGUGUCUUGGUUCAAAGACAAGGAAAAUGGCAAACAAAGGACUGUACGAAGGGCAAACCUCACAAUUACGUGUGCUCCAGGAAACUCUAAAUGUAACUGGCCUAUAGGUGCCCAGUGGGAUUUCUCACCUAUUUAUUUACGGGAUUUGUGCAUAUCGUUCAAUAGAAAACAAGGUGUCACGGCUGACUUGCUACAUUUUUUCGUCAUAGUGUAUGAGUGAUUGUAUUUAGUAAAAAAGGGAGCAUAAAUGAAUAAUUCCAGGAAGAUUGAUAAAUGAAUAUUUCCUGCAGGAAGAAAUGCAAUUCUUGCAUCUCAAUGCUUUUCAGAAUAGAUGCCUGAUGUGGCGUAUGGUGCAAGAUUUGCUUGUUCUAGGAGACCACCCCCCUGACCCCAUUCCAUAUCAUAGCACCAAUUUCAUGGUCUUUGGGUUUUUUUAUCCCAAUACCUGAAAUGAGCCCAUUCUGAAAUCAGUAUUGCAGGGGCUUCUAGUACUUCAUUGCAAGUGAAGCUAACACUAGUUAAAUCAAGGUUAAAUUGCAAAGGGAUGCGUUGCUUCGUCCCUUCAGAGCCCUUUCAGAUGUGGAACCUGAGAUAAAAGGGUGUGGGUCAGAAGGAGAAUUCUCUGUGGUGAGAAGGGAAAACUUUAGAUGGAAGAAUCUUGCCAGUGGAAGCUCGUCUGCACAGCUUUGGUUCGGGUAAGAAUUCAGAGGCUACCUGUGUUUCAGAGGUCUGCAGAUCUCCUUUUGCAAUAAAAAGGUUGGCACCGUGCUAUUCCAAGGCUAAUGAUUGGAUUCCCCCAGCCAUACAGAGUCAUGAUAAAUUUGAAGUAAUAUGAGCCUUUCCAUUCUUUCAUGUUUAUAGUACUGACUAGAAUUUCUCAAGGAUAUUUGGAAUAAAGAGUAUAUUUAAAUGAUAGUUAAUAUAUGGAAGUAAAACACUGCUGUCUCAGAAGUGUUCCAAUGAACUAUGCUGAUGAACAAGGAAAAAUAAUACUGAAAACAAGGCCCUUGAAAGCCUAUAUUCUCAGAAAGCAUUUUGAUAUAAUUCGAGCCCUUAAAUUUUUGAUCUUUGUAGAAAUGCCAUGUUAACUUGAUUCUCUAAUGUAAAGGUCCCUUAUUAAUUUCUAAUGUUAGCUGAGUGAAACAUUGUUGUAGUGAAGCAUGUUGCAGACUUAUAAGAGCUCCCUCCUAAAAUUAAGUUUUAAUUAUAGGAAAUUAGAAAUUUAUGUCUCAAACAUUUGCUCAAAAUUUCCCUCUUUUCAGAAUCACUAAAAAAUAUGGUUGCGCCAAACGUAACUUGCUGUACAAGCACCAGUGUAACUUCAGAGUCAAAAUGAGUGACUGAGCAGACUGGUAUUUCAGUGCGGGUUUUAUUACAGUAAUACCUUGAGUGCAGCUAAAAAAGACUGAGGAAAUUUAGUCAAGUUUCUGGAUAUAAAACAUGACAAGCUUAUUUUAUGUCCGUUCAUUUAUCAAGAUUUUGGUUAGUAGAGGUAUUUACAAGAGAGGCUGGGAUAAGGUGCAGACACACUAUCUCCUAAUAAAGUUAAACAUCACGGUGGAGUCGGGAGGCUCCUCACCUUAAACGUCACAGGCAGGCUCUGCACUGGCAGUGCCCGCGUGUCUCCUGUGGGACACACGUAGUCUCUGGCAUUUAACCAAAAGGCGCAAAAGCCAAUCCUUUGUAUCAGCUCCAACCCCCUCUGACCCACUGGCCUCUGCCGUGUGGAUUGGUGAGAUGCCAGAUAAAGAGAGGAAGAGUGUCUAAAGGGUCACAUCCUAAGAGAGACAGUUAAAGUUGGAGAAACGAGGAAUUCAGGGGACACCUUUUCCUACUGGAACUCUAGAAUAUGUUGACUAUUUAAAACUGAAACUCCGCAGCAACUGUGGAGAACCUGUUCGGCACGGUAUACGUUAUUAUACAGUGACUGUAACUGCAGUGACAGUGAUAUUAAGUGUAAUUGCAAUGUUAGCACAAGGAGACUCUGUUUGGAUUUUUUAUAGCAACCAGAAAUACUACUAUAAUGUUUAAAAAUAUUUCUGAUUGUGAAGGCAGUAAUCAAGUUGUAAAAUACAAGUAAUGGAAAGAAGAUACAAAUAAAAAUUCAGGCAAGCUCCAGCUGGUAUGGCUCAGUUGGUUGGGUGUCAUCCUGCAAACCAAAAGGUCACAGGUUUAAUUUCAAAAGAUCUGGCACAUGCCUGGGUCUCAAGUUCAGCUUCUACUUGCAGUGCAUAUGGAAGAAAGGCACCAACUGAUGUUUCUCACAUCGAGGUUUCUCUCCCUGUCUUUCUCCCCUCCUUCCCCUCUCUCUAAAAAUAAAAAUUCAGGCAAGUGUGGGUGCUGGCUAAUAUUCAUCAUGACCUUCAUUUCUUUCUCAAGACUCGGCUUCUUUGGCAGAGGUCGAGGUGGGAGGGGUGGGCAGGAAGAAGUAAAUGACCGUCAUGGUUCUCUCCACCUUGGUUGGUCACUGUCGCCUUUGAGGUUCUGGUUGCAAUGGGAAGGAAGGAAAUAGUUCAAGGGUAGAAUGGUAAUGGCAGGUUACAGAAGAGGAAAGGGGAGGGAGGAGAGAAGACUUAAGUAAGAAGAGGUGGUGACUGGUGUAGCUAAGAAGAAAAGCACCAGAAGGAAUGUCCUGGAGCCACCCAGCUCUCUUCACACUUGAACACCAACUUGGGGAAAGACCCAGUUUAUCCAAAGGCAUCAGCCGAGAACAACUGUGUAUAGCUUUUCACAAUCUUGUGAUGUCUGGUCUUUAACAAAAACCUACAUGUAUACAGCAUAUAUUUGCUAAACAUUAGCUUGUAAAGCAUACGAUAAUUAUUUUAUCUCUUCUGGGGAAUGGUAAAAAUGAACCAGAUGACAUUUAUUUACAUUUCUGUUUUUUAAAUUUUUAAUGCAGCCAAGAAGAAUAUGCAAAUGUUCAUUAACAGUAUAGUUCUGUGUAAUUUAAACCAUAAAUUGGUGCUAAUUUUUGCAACCAAACAGCAUAUUAAAUGUACUGUACCUAGUUUUGUAUCAUACUUAAUAAAACAAACAUUUCUGAA